CCCCGACACUGCUGCUUAUUGAUGGCCUCCUGGGCCUUCCUUAAACAGGUUGGUGUAGGACUGAGGAGAUGGCAUAGAGGGUCACCUGCUUGUCAUCACAGCACUGGAAAGGCAGAGACAGGGAAAGUCCCUGGGAUUCAUUGACUAGCCAGUCCCACCUACUGGCAGGCAAGCUCCUGUCUCAAGGAACAAGGCUGACAGGUCCUGAAGAGCAAUACCUGAGGUGUCCUCUGACCCCCUUACAGCACAAUGAAUGUCAGUCAAACCACCAUGACCCUGUAGGGCUUGCCUUUGGUAAGCCAGCAAAACUACAUUUACCCUAUUACAGCGACAGGUGCUGUUGACAGCCUGUGGUGUCUGUCUCCAGGCCUGCCUGGAUGGCUCCCACUGCCUCUGAGUGCCUAGGCACAGGAGCUCAGAGACACUUCUCUAGGCAGCCCUUGUCCAGCAGGGCACCUUGGCGGCAUCUCCUCUCAUGUAAAAUGAAUGUUGAGCCUUACACCCCAGAGCCUUCUAUGAGUCACGGUUUGCCACUUCCUUCCUAAAAUGCCAUCGGAGAACUAUUUGUCCCAGUCCAAAGUGAUGUCUGUGACGUCAUCUUCCAGUUUUCUUUGUCUGUGACUUUACACGCAUUUCUGGCCAAUUGUUUGCUUUUUGUUUUCUGCUCUGUGUUUGUCUCUGAAGUCCUACGAUCGGCCUGGCUAAGACACCAGUUGUAAUGGUAUCACAAGCCAGGCUGACAGGUCCCCUAGGAAUUUGCUCACAUGCAGCAUCUCACAGGAUCUGUGGUGGUCACCUCUUCCCUCUGGACUCUGGCACAGACGAGCCCAUUUCUGUGACCCCACUCAUUAUUGCUAACUUUCUGUGGUUAUCUUGAGGCCUAGGCUUCUGAUUUUGAGCUUCCUCGUUGCUAGGAAGAAAAAGCAGCUUCCUGGAGACUCGAGGUCAUCAAAGGCUCUACCACCGAGCUCUUGCCGGUCUUGACAUCCUGCUUCAGCCUCCGUGGUGUUGGGACUGCACACCUGCACCACCAGGGCCAGCAAGGCAGCCUAUUUUUAUAGCUUUUCUGUACGCUCGAGAAGAACUUUCCUAAAGCCUGCUGGAGCUAUGCUCAGGGGCGAGUGCUUGCCUGGCAUGCACAUGGCCCUGAGUGAGAAAUAACAACUUCUUUUCAAUCCUAUUCCUACACUCCCUCCUGAAGUCUCUCAUUUUCAAGGUCUUAAUUACAUAGGUGUCCCCUUUCUAAAAGCCUGCCAAUUCAAACCAUGAGUCCUGAGAAAGCAGGGCUGAUGCACAGUGUGGAUGACACAGAGCUCUGUGAGUCUGGUAUUCCCCCCCACCUUUCCCCUUUGGGUGCUUUUAGAGCCCCAACCCAUGGUCACACAUGCUAGGAGAGCAUGCCCUGUAGAGCACGUCUUUCAGUCCAGAGCUCCUUGUGGACUUCUCAUGCAAGCACUGCACCUCUAAGGUACUGGAGACCCGGAGGACACUGGAGGCCCUUUCCUUUGUGACAUCACCUCUUCAAAAGCCUCUCCUCGGCUGAGAGGUCCCAGUGUUUUCCUGCACUUUAUCUCAGAUGUCCUCGCAGCGUCAUGGGAUACAGCAGCAGGUGGUGGCCCUACACUGCAAAACAACUCUCGUGGGCGCCUGCGGUGGGAACUACUCCUCCAUGGCAGCUGUGGUCUACUCUCCUGACUUCCCUGACACCUACGCCACUGGGAGGGUCUGCUACUGGACUAUCCGGGUUCCAGGAGCCUCUCGCAUCCAUUUCAACUUCACGAUAUUCGAUAUCAGGGAUUCUGCAGACAUGGUGGAGCUGCUGGACGGCUACACCCACCGCGUCCUGGUCCGCUUCGACGGCAGGAGCCGUCCACCUCUGUCCUUCAAUGUCUCUCUGGACUUCGUCAUUUUAUAUUUCUUCUCUGAUCGCAUCAACCAGGCCCAGGGAUUUGCUGUCUUGUACCAAGCCACCAAGGAAGAACCUCCACAGGAGAGGCCUGCUAUCAACCAGACCCUGGCAGAGGUGAUCACGGAACAAGCCAACCUCAGCGUCAGCGCUGCCCACUCUUCCAAAGUCCUCUAUGUCAUCACCUCCAGCCCCAGCCACCCACCGCAGACCGUCCCAGGUAGCCAUUCCUGGGUACCAUCAGUUGGGGCCAGCGGCCACAGAGUGGAAGGAUGGACCGUGUAUGGCCUGGCCACCCUCCUCAUCCUCACAGUCACAGCCGUUGUGGCAAAGAUCCUUCUGCACGUGACGUUUAAAUCUCAUCGAGUUACUGCUUCAGGAGACCUUAGGGACUGUCGCCAGCCUGGGACUUCUGGGGAGAUCUGGACCAUUUUCUAUGAACCCUCCACUACAAUCUCUAUCUUUAAGAAGAAGCUCAAGGGUCAGAGUCAACAAGAUGACCGUAACCCCCUCGUGAGUGACUGAAGCCUGGCCACACCUGGAUGGGAGGCUCCACUCCAAGCUCCAGCUUGCUGGGACCCCUCCCCCUGAGGUUUCCUCAGAACUCCCUGCCCCUCCAGUCACCUCCAUCUCUUUUGGGGGCACCCUGUUGCCGAGGCAGCACAGCAUGGGGUCCUCCAUCACCUUCUCUACCCUAGCUGCCCUGCAUCUCUGUCCCCACCGGGGAUGCUAAGACUGGGGCUGGGCUGACAGGACGCAGCUGGGCCUGGUUCUCGAAGACUCCUGGGUGGCGGGUAGGCAUAGUGUAUGAUGAGUUUUCUUGCUUCUUCUCUAUUUUGUCUGCAUACAGAUCAGUUCCCCCUGGUCCUUACAGUUUGGAACAGAGCCAGACUAAAAGACUUCUCAGGUUUUCUUAAAGGCUGACCUGGUUCCCCUCCAAGUUUGUUCUCACAAGGGAUAGCACCCUGGAUUAGAGCUUUCUCUGGUGCCGAUUAAGGUAUGUCGUCUAGUCUGAGAGGACUGAGACAGGGCCACACCAGGUGUCUUCUUCCUAGAGGGGUCUUUUCAAUACCCAAUGUCGUAUGGGGCAAGCCUGAUCCAUGGGACAGACACAGUGAACUUCUUGUGUACUAGACUUAACUAGCCUGACCCUUAAGCAGUUCCCAAUCCUGUGGAAUCUGAAUUCAGCCUGUCUUCCUCCUUCAGAGUCAGGAGUUUGAGGACUAGCACAGAGCGGGCCGUAGAGCAGUGGUAGGGAGCUUGCCUUGCAUCCUUCAGGCCCUGGCUCUAUCCCAGUGCUGCCAGAAAGGGGGUAGAGAAAGGACGGCAGCAUAGCAUGCGAGGAGCAUCUAUGGCUCCUACACAAGGCUUUAAAAGAAGGUCAAAACUACCAAGAGCUUUGUCCUUUGCCCCUUCAUGGGGACAGAGUAGUUAGAAGUAAGGGCUCUUGUCGUGCCCAUUGUCCCUUAGACAGGGAGGCAGACUACAGCAUUGGCAGGAAAAGGCCAGGCCUGGGAACUGGAGAUCUCCCAGGAGAGGUUAAAAGAUUGAGAGCCCCAGCUGCAGUCUAAGGGGAAGGGCUAUCCCUGACCGCAAAGUCCUGCAGUCUGGAGUGGCCUUUGUCAGCACAGCUGAGAAAAACAGCCUGUGCCCUGAAGGUGGACCUUGGUCACUCUCCUGCCAGCCCUUGAGCCUCUGCUCUCCUGGGUGUCCUCCUGGAAUACUAAGCUCACCUUCCCUGAGUCUCUCAGCCACUGCCACUGAGGUCUUUCGUAGGGUUUGGGCAUCUCAUCUCCAGCUAUGCCCCCAGGACUAUAUGGACAGCAUCUGGGAAGCAUCCUCAAGGAGAGGCAGCAGAGUGCAGACAAGGCAGUGACCAGAGCUGAUGGCUAGAGAGGCAACCAGAGGAGGAACACUGGGUCUCUACAGUGGGCUGAGAGGCUGGCCCAGCUCCUAUGGGAGGCCUGCAGGGGUACAGAGCUACUGGGCUUCGUCAUCUCACUUUGAUCUGGGAAAGGCUGCAGGCUCCUGGCUGUGAAGACCACUGGAAAUUGAGUGACAGGAACAGGUUCCACUCCACAGCAUUUGCAGGCUCUCCCCUGAGAACAAGCGUUGAGUCACAGAGCACCAUGUGCAUAGUACAGAGAGGACGUGGGCUCUUUCCCAGGGAAGGCUCACUGGCCAGGACAUGCUCAGCUCAGGCCACCUCUCGCCUGCCUCUGCAUACCUCGGAGGCAGGAAGCCAAGGCCCAGUGUGGUGGCAGCUGCAGCCCAGGAGCCCUGUAUUGGUGUCCCCAGGAAGGGCAGUGGAUGUGCCCACGCUCCUCCAACAGCAGCAGGGGACAGUGGGAAGGGCUAUAAAUCACCCAGGCCAGACCCAGAAAUGACAUCCACGGUCUGUUAGAACCUGUAGGUGGCCGGUCACAGAGGGCCUUUGUGCUGGUAAACACCCAGCUGGAGUGAACCUGAGGGAGAAGCGCAGACCCUCAGACAUUAGCUAGAAGCAUGGGUGCCUGUGUUCUUCCCUUCCUGUCACACCGUUUACAAAGCAGAGGCAGUAGGGAAGAAGCCUGUGGCGUCCUCUCCCACCUCAGCAAGGAUGGGCUGAGGCCACCUAAAGUGAACAAGGAGGCCAGACCUCUGGACUUCUCAAAGUGUGGGCUCCGCUUCAGACUCCUCAGCCAAAAGCUCUCGCAGAUCAAAGCUCUGGCCGGUGCAGCUGUCCUGGCCUCUGGGCCAGCCCCUGGAUGUGCCUGGGCCAGGUGCCACCCCAUGCCUCGCUGUCAUCCCAGGCGGGACCCCACCUGAUGCUCCUCAUCAGCCACUGGCGGGACACUGAGUUUGCACAGGCUGUUGCCAAGGACAGUCCAUGCUUGACCUUCAAGAGCACUUACAAGUAGAUGGCCUCCCAGACUGUCAGCCCCUCUGCAGGGGACACGCGGCUCUCCCAGGCCAUCUCACUCCACAGGCUUCCCCAUGGUUACCCGGCUCUCUGCAUUUGGAAUCUCCUAUUUGGGGGUUGAGGUCUGCUUUGGGUGCCGCCCUGGGAACUGUUAACCUCUGGUUGGUCCCUUUGUGUCUUUGUUUACUGUCCUCUUCUACCUCCGGGUCACUCUCCACCUAGCUGCUCUGGCUGAGGGUGGGGGACUUGUCAGACCUGCCGGCUGCACCCCCACCCGGGUCUGCCAGCAGAACCUGGGGGCCUCACACAGGCUCCUGUCAUGCCAAGCUGGAGCUGACACACUGGCCAAGGCUGAGUGGGGCAGGGCGGACAAGUGGGAGGGCAGUCUCUCACGUCAGAGGGAAGUGUCCGAAGGUGUAUAUGGGAGGGGUCCUUUCUCGCCAGCACAGGGAGCUGCCAUCUCCACCACAUUCGGGGCACCAAGACCAUCCGGUUCCCAGUCUCGCCCUCCAGCAGUGAUGUGACUUUGGACAACAAGGCUUUAUUUGUAAAUAUGCUCUUAAUAUACAACUUUGAGAAUAAAAUAGAAACAUCAUGUAUUUUAAAAUAUCAGAUGAAGUGUGACACACUGUAUACAAUUUAAUAUAUAUUUUUAGGAUUUUGUUAUUUAAGAAAAUGGAAUGUGACGGUACUUUUACAAAAGAGAGAAAAAUGUUAUUUUUACUGUUUGAAGAAAAUAAAUAUUCUCAUUGUUGUAGAAACA